AUGGCGCUGAAUACUAGGAAUGCAAUCGUUGCCGUUCUCCUCCUCGUCGUGAUGGUCUCAACACCAGCGGUAACUGCCCAAGAGGACUGCUGGGACAAAUGUUUCAAGGACUGCAAGGCAAAAAUGGCAAUGGAAGUUUGCAACCAAAAGUGCAUUGACUUUUGCAAAUCAUUUGUAAAGGAGAAAAAUUCAGCUAGAGAAGUUCUGAUGGUCCAAGGGGUGGACUCUGCCAAUACACUUCUUGCCGCCGCUGCUUUUGCCAAAGAGAGGCAAUCAGAACCAGCAACAGCAAAUCCCGAAUUCCUCUAUCUCCAAACUGGAGCCGGAGAAUAUGUUAAGAUGGCUGGCGAUAAACUCAAGGAGACCAAAACUGCCUCUCCAGAACAGGCCACUAAACUCAAGAAUGAAGCUACCACCUACUUAGAACGUGCCAAAGUCCUCAGUGAUAAAGCCGUGACCCCGUGA